GGUCUGUUUGGUAGGAAGUGACGCGACAGUUUGCCGGAAGAGGAACCAUUCAGUCGAGCUUGUUGUGUCAACUGAUGAUGGUUUAAUGAAACCUAACGAAGCUGUGGAUUUCGUAGCUAUUUAAUAAGAGAUCAAGGCAUCGUCUCAGCGACCCGAGGACAAUGGCAGACCCGGCUCAGAUGAAUAAGCAAGGGGUUUCAGAGUCGGGAUUGAACCCGGAGGAGCUCCCGAAUACAGAGGACGACGCUCCUGCGUCCGACAGCACCGCGCCGCCAGCAGAGGCUGCCUCUUCUCUACUCGCCCAAGAGAAAGACGAUGAUAAAACGGGGCUUUUCAAGGAUUCCGUGGCCGGAGACGAGGGAGAGGGUUCCUCGGGGUUCAACCAACCGGCCGCCAAAAAACUGAAAGUGGAGCCGGAGAAGAAGAAGGAGAAACGGCAGAAAGUCGACGAGGAUGAGAUUCAGAAGAUGCAGGUUCUGGUAUCGUCUUUCUCUGAAGAACAGCUGAAUCGCUAUGAGAUGUACAGACGUUCGGCCUUUCCAAAGGCAGCUAUCAAACGGCUGAUUCAAUCCAUCACCGGUUCCUCAGUCUCACAAAACGUGGUCAUCGCAAUGUCUGGAAUCUCAAAGGUCUUUGUUGGGGAGGUUGUCGAGGAAGCUCUGGAUGUCUGUGAAAAAUGGGGGGAGACUCCGCCCCUUCAGCCCAAACACAUGAGGGAGGCGGUGAGGCGGUUGAAGAGCAAGGAUCAGAUUCCAAACACCAAGCACAAGACCAUCCUUUUCCACUGAGUGGAGCCCGAGGAUGGGCCCAUGGGGAACCUUUUGGGUUUAAUGGCGGCUUGCCUUAGUAGGCCCAAGCAGCUCGUCCUGCAAUGCCAGCGAGAUGUUGGGAGAGGACCUGAUGAUGGCAGUGCUGAUUUGUCUUCUCACACACACACACACACACAGCGCUCUCUCCACCGAUUGGUCUAGAUACCCCCGUGUGACACACGUGGCCUCAUUGUGGACGAGUGCUUGUUUGUCAACAGCGGGGAGGAAAAAAAGCAAGGCCCUGACUGUUUAUGGACCACUAGAGCCACUUUGGUGAAGGAAUACAUUUACGGACACCCAUGGAGUUCAAACUUGGAAUGCGCAAAUCGUAACGCUGCAGUGAUGUCAGUCUUCUGCUGGAACUGUACCUUUCUUUUAAAACAGAGUGUACCUGCACGUGGGACUUAUUUCCUUGAGGAAAGAUGUACUGAUGUCGACGUUUUAAACACUGUAAACUUCAACAUGAAGCUCCUGAGUAACAAGCCAGUUUUCUACCUUCAGUUUAAAAAAAAAAAUCAGUUCUCCAUUUGAUAUGGUCAUUUGUGCCUGUGUUUUGUAUGAUUUUACCACAAAAAUGUCAUUAAAGUUUUUUUGUUUGAA